AAAUGACUCUUUCACAAUUCACACACGAACACUGAUGCUCUCGCUGUAAAAUCACCCUCACUCGAUUGCAAGCAUCACAGUGAUAUGGCGAAAGCCUACGUUCGAGAUAAUGUGCCAUUAUCGAGAUUCGGAGUGCUGGUAGCACAAUUGGAGUCUAUUGUCUUCUCCGCAGCUCAUAAAGCUCCUGAUCCUCUUCUCUGCUUCGAUCUCCUCUCCGAUCUCAUUUCCGCUAUCAGCGAAGAGCCUAAGGAAUCUAUAAAUCUAUGGCAAAGGAAAUGUGAAGAUGCACUCUAUUCUCUUAUUGUUCUUGGGGCACGGCGGCCCGUGCGGCAUUUGGCAUCAGUGGCAAUGUCAAUGAUAAUAUUAAAGGGAGAUAGCAUAUCAAUAUACUCAAGAGCAAGCACUCUCCAAGGAUUUCUUGCUGAUGGGAGGAAAAAUGAGCCUCUACGAGUUGCUGGCGCGGCGCAAUGUUUGGGAAAUUUGUAUCGACAUUUUGGGAGAAGAAUUACUUCUGGUUUACUUGAAACAACAGCAAUUGUGACAAAAUUGAUGAAAUAUAAUGAGGAUUUUGUGAGACAAGAAGCUUUGCAAAUGCUUUGGAACGCUUUGGAAGGUUCUGGUGGCAAUGCUGCUUUUCCUGCAUAUGCAGAGGCAUAUCGUCUCAUCAUGCGGUUGGGUAUUGGAGACAAAUCAUUCAUUGUUAGAAUAGCUGCUGCAAGAUGCCUCUCAGCAUUUGCAAAUAUAGGAGGUCCAGGUUUAGGAGUUGUAGACAUUGAUAACUCUUCCUCCUACUGCAUGAAGGCACUUGAGGAUCCUGUGUCAUCUGUUAGGGAUGCGUUUGCUGAAGCAUUGGGAGCUUUACUUGCUCUUGGAAUGAACCCUGAGGCACAGGUUCAACCUAAAGGAAAAGGUAACCUAGCACCAAAGAAACUUGAAGGCGGGUUGCAAAAGCACCUCAUCUUACCGUUCACAAAAGCUAGUGGGCCUCGGUCAAAGAACUUUCGAAUUGGAUUAACAUUAUCAUGGGUGUUCUUUCUACAGGCUAUACGUGUCAAGUAUCUGCAUCCAGACAGUGAGCUUCAAAACUUUGUCGUACCGGUUAUGGACAUGCUUCGUGUAGAUUCCUCUGUUGAUGCACAAGCUGUGGCUUGCGUACUUUACAUUCUUCGGGUGGGUGUGACAGAUCAAAUGAGUGAACCUACCCAAAGGGGUUUCUUAGUUCUCCUAGGAAAGCAGCUGCAGGCUACUGAUGCCUGCCCUUCCAUUCAAAUCGCUGCUUUACGUACUCUGUCGUAUGCCUUGAAAACACUAGGAGAAGUUCCUCCUGAAUUCAAGGAUGUCCUUGAUGAUACAGUUGUUGCAGCACUUUCUCAUCCUACACCUCUUGUGCGUGUGGAGGCUGCUUUGACAUGGCGUGCUCUGGCUGAGGUUGAUCCAACCUGUGUUGGUGGUUUAAUAUCUUUUGGGGUCACAACUCUGAGUGCAUUGAGGGAAAAUGUUUCAUUUGAGAAGGGAAGCAAUUUACAGUACGAGCUUGAUUCUUUGCAUGGGCAAGCUACUGUCUUGGCGGCAUUAAUGUCUAUCUCCCCUAGAUUACCUCUCGGUUAUCCUGCUAGAUUGCCCAGGUCAGUGCUUGAAGUUUCUAGGAAAAUGCUAACCAAAUCUAGUCGGAACCCUGUGGCGGCUACUGUUGAAAAAGAGGCCGGAUGGUUACUUUUGUCAUCACUGCUGGGUUCCAUGCCCAAGGAGGAGAUGGAAUACCAGGUUUUUGAUAUUCUUUCUUUGUGGACUCCUGUCUUCAGUAGAGAUCCAGAAAACGAGAUUAAUAAAGCAGAUGACCUGCCUUCAGCUAUUAGUGUGUGGGCUGCUUCCAUCGAUGCACUUACUGCAUUCAUAAAACGCUUUGUUUCUCCUAAUGACGUGAACCAGAAAAUUUUGCUUCAACCUGUGCUCCUAUACCUGAAUCUGGCUUUGUCCUAUAUAUCUGUUUUAUCUGCUAAGGAACAACCCAACAUGAAGCAUGCACUAGACUUGUUGACAAGCAGAAUCUUAAUAGCUUACUUGUCCCUUUCUGAUCCGAUGGCUUAUAAGAGUGACCACCAGCAGCUUGUUCAGAUAUGCACAACGCCUUUUAGGGAUGCAUCUGCUUGCGAAGAAAGCUCAUGCUUGAGAAUGCUGUUAGAUAAGAGAGAUGCUUGGUUAGGCCCUUGGAUUCCUGGAAGGGAUUGGUUUGAAGAUGAGCUUCGUGCAUUCGAGGGAGGAAAAACUGGUGUUUUGCCAUGCGUGUGGGAGAAUGAGACUCCAAUUUUUCCUCAGCCGGAGACUAUCAGCAAGAUGUUGGUGAACCAAAUGAUCCUUGGCUUUGGAACCAUGUUUGCCUGUCAGGAUAGUAGUGGGAUGCUGUCACUUCUUGGCACCAUAGACCAGUGUCUUAAAACUGGGAGGCGACAGGCCUGGCACGCAGCCAGUGUGACUAACAUAUGCGCAGCAUUGCUUGCUGGAUUGAAGGCUUUGCUUUUUCUACGUUCCCAACCACUGGGAAUAGAUGUACUAAAUGCAGCACAGGCCAUUUUUCAGAGUAUUUUGGCGGAAGGUGAAAUUAGUGAGUCACAGCGCAGAGCUUCAUCAGAAGGUCUUGGCAUGCUAGCCCGCGUGGGAAAUGAUAUGUUCACAGCUAGAUUGACCAGGUUGCUGCUUGGUGAUGGCACCAGCGUAAUGGAUUCAAAUUAUGCUGGAUCAGUGGCCCUUGCAAUUGGUUGUAUCCAUCGAAGUGCAGGAGGAAUGGCUUUGUCAAGUUUAGUGCCUUCAACUGUGAACUUUCUUUCAAUGCUGGCCAGAAGCUCUGCAGCUAAUUUGCAAAUCUGGUCUCUGCAUGGGCUUCUUUUGACCAUUGAAUCCGCCGGCUUGUCUUAUCUGUCACAUGUACAGGCAACCCUUGGCCUUGCUAUGGAUAUACUUCUGUCUGAAGAGAAUGGGCGUGUUGAACUUCAGCAGAGCGUAGGUCGCAUAAUAAAUGCUAUUGUUGCUGUGCUUGGUCCAGAACUCGCCCCUGGAAGCAUGUUUUUCUCACGUUGCAAGUAUGUUAUUGCAGAGAUAAGCUCCCACCAGGAAAUCGCAACACUUCUUGAGAGUGUCCGCUUUACGCAACAGCUUGUUCUGUUUGCCCCACAGGCUGUUACUGUACAUUCUCAUGUUCAAAAUAUUCUACCUAAUUUGUCUUCAAGACAGCCAACUCUAAGGCAUCUUGCUGUAUCAACUUUGCGGCAUCUCAUAGAAAAGGACCCGGCUUCUGUUAUUGAUGAACAAAUAGAAGACACAUUAUUCCUAAUGCUGGAUGAGGAAACUGAUAUUGAGAUUGGUGGCCUGGUGCGUUCCACCAUAAUGAGAUUGCUGCAUGCAUCAUGUCCCUCAUUUCCCUCUCACUGGUUGUCAAUUUGCCGUAACAUGAUUCUUGCUACAUCAACAAGAAGGGAUGACAACUUGACACAUGAUCACAUAAAUGGCACAGAUGGGGAGACAAGGUCAGAAUUUGGAGAAGAUGAUGAGAACAUGGUAUCUGGCUCUAAGGACUCACCUGUUGUUCGUGCUAAAAGGGAUAAGCACCUCAGAUAUCGAACCAGAGUUUUUGCAGCAGAGUGCUUGAGUCAUAUACCAGAAGCUGUCGGAAAAAAUCCCGCUCAUUUUGACCUAUCUUUGGCAAGAGCCCAAAGUUCUGGUGACUGGCUAGUCAUUCAAGUGCAAGAGAUUAUAUCUCUUGCCUAUCAGAUAAGCACGAUUCAAUUCGAGAACAUACGACCUGUUGGUGUUGGGCUUCUAAGUACUAUUGUGGACAAGUUUGGAAUGAUUCAAGAUCCUGAGCUUCCUGGACGACUUCUACUAGAGCAGUAUCAGGCCCAGCUCAUCUCUGCAGUCCGUACGGCAUUAGAUGCAUCCUCUGGUCCUAUUCUUUUGGAAGCAGGCUUGCAGCUGGCCACCAAGAUGCUAACAAGCGGAAUAAUUAGUGGGGAUCAAAUUGCAGUAAAACGAAUUUUUUUUCUUAUUUCGCGUCCUCUGGACGACUUCAAAGACCUGUACUAUCCAUCAUUCGCAGAGUGGGUCUCGUGCAAGAUCAAGAUAAGACUUCUCACUGCGCAUGCUUCUCUAAAAUGUUAUACCUAUGCAUUCUUGAGGAGACAGCGUAGCGAGAUCCCGGAUGAGCAACUAGCACUCUUACCAUUAUUUGCAAAAAGUUCAAGUUUACUGGGGAAGUAUUGGAUACGUACCUUACAGGACUACAGUUAUGUAUGCUUCCGCCUGCAAACUAAAAGUGAAUGGAAACCUUUUCUUGAUGGAAUCCAAUCAUCCUUGGUCUCCUCCAAGUUGGAGCAGUGUUUGGAGGAAGCCUGGCCAGUAAUCUUGCAGGCAGUUUCUCUUGAUGCAGUUCCUGUGAAUUCUAGUGAGAAUGGAUCUUCCAUUAGCAAAGAAGAUACAUCCAAAAGUGACUUAUACUCUGGAUAUAGCAUGGUUGAACUGGAUUUGAAAGAUUAUCAAUUCCUGUGGGGGUUUGCUCUACUUGUUCUCUUUCAGGGGAGGGACAAACUUGAUAAAAAUAUAAUACCUGUGGGUUCCGUUAAAUCUAAAAGUGGCAAACAUUCUUUAGCGGAAGAUACACUUACAGCUUUGAAGUUAUACGAGAUUGUGUUACCAGUAUUCCAGUUUCUCUCAACCGAAAGGUUCUUCAGUAACAAGUUUCUCACAAUGGAUAUCUGUAAUGAACUUCUUCAGGUGUUCUUCUACUCCACUUUCAUGGAGGAUACAUGGGAUAGUCUUGCGAUCUCUGUUCUGUCAAAGAUUGUGCAGAACUGCCCUAAGGAAUUCCUUGAAGCAGAUAAAUUUGCAUAUUUGGCAGCAGAACUAUGUUUAGCUUUCCUGUUCAAAUUCUUGAGAAGUGCUAAUGCAAGUUCUCAAUGUCUUCCUGGUUGCGAGGAUUUAAUUUCUGUGUCUCUAACUGCUGCAAAGGAAAUUUUGGGACGCUCUGAACUUAAGAAGCAAUUUCAGUUGAUGUUGGCAUAUAUUUCGAUGGGCUACAAAUGCAGUGAAGGAGCUUCAACUGAAUCAUGUUUUGCUAAAGCCAAUGAUUUUGUUCAGUCUAUAAGUCACUUAAUAAAAAAUCACGUUGACGACAAGUCUAAGCUUGGUGAAGAUGGUAUUUUCGUGUUACGAACAAUAAUCGGAGCUUGCAUUGAUUUGUUUAUCAGUCUAACCAAGGAUUGCAUCAAGAGCAUACAUCUAGUGGACAAUAAGAAGUCUAACUCAUGCAAGCUGCUGCAAAUGAAACUUGCACUAUUUCUAGAGCAAAUGGCUUCAUUUGCUAAGCUGGCAUAUGAAAUUGAAUCCUUUGGGGACAACGUAGAAACCAAGCCAAUGCUAUUUACUGUUUUAAGUAAUUGCACUCGAUGUAUCCAAGCUAGUCUUGCUGAUCAAGAAAUACAGGUAAAGUCGGUUGGGUUGCAAGUGUUACGCGGCAUUUUACUUCGUGGAACUCAUGGUGGAAGGAGCUGUUUUCUGAUUUUUUUCAUUAGUGAGAUACUUAAAGAUGUUAUUACUAUAGUUCAGCAGAAUUUAGUGAAACCCAUAAACAUGGAAGCAGUUAUUGUAACUGGGGAGUGUUUGAAAAUCUUAAUGCUUCUCCAGACGUUGUCAAACAGUACUGAAUGUCAAAAGGGUCUUAUGCACUUGCUAUUGGAAGUUGUUGUACUUGUUUUCUCGACAACAGAAAAAGAAAUGUCCCAGGAAGUCAAGGAGUUGAGGAAUACGGCAGUACGACUUGUGUCUCAACUUGCACAAAUUCCUAAAUCUGCUGCUUAUUUUAAAGAUGUUUUGCUAGCAAUGCCUGCUGGGCGAAGAGAGAUGCUGCAGGGCGUAAUCCGUGCUUCUGUGAUGCAAGAUCAGAAAACAACACAAACAAAAUCACCUACACCACUUUUGGUGAUUAAGUUACCCCCACAAGCAGAAUCAAGUAAAGAGAAAAAGGUUGCUUCAUCGCCCCCUAUUGAACAUGAAAACAGUAGUGAGGAAGAGGAAGAUGACGACUGGGAUACUUUUCAGUCUUUUCCAGCAUCUGCGAAUGAAGUAGAUCCAAGCACAGAAGUAGAAGAACCAAAUGAUAUACCUAUUCCAGAUGUUACUACCGAAGACACCGAAUUUCAGGAGGAUAGGGAAACUUCAUCUGCAGUGGAGAAACCAGAUCAGAGGAAAGAAGUUGAAGUGAAUAUGGAGGAUGAAGUUGAAGGAAAGAAUACAACAGACGACUAGAUUAGAGCAGCAUUGUUGCUGGAUUAUCGGAAAAGCUAGGAUGACAGCGUAAAAGUGUUAACACCUAGUCAGUGGUCACGGCAAUAGUGUUUUGACGUGUUUAUGCAUUGUGCUGCUGGUUGUUAUUUAUUCAUAUGCUAUUAUGGCAACAUGGCUGAUACAUGGUCUAUUUCAGCUGGUCCAACAAUUAAGGCAUUGGCAACCUCCGAAGACCAAUGUACUAUACCUGCUUGGCUACUCACGACCAACCAAGAGAACUCGAGAAGGUUGUGUUUGCACCUUUUCCUUUACUUUGAGGCUGAACUAGCAGUGUAUAUAAUUUGUUGUGGCUAUAGAUUUUUUACUCCCGGAAAAUGCUUGGCAGUAGAAAGUCCAUUUUGUACAAAGGGUACUGUCAAUAUGUGAGCCUGUUUUUUUCCCCUAAAAACAUAUUAUUAGAUUGCUCUGAAGUUUGUAUCUUAGACAGAAGUGGUCAAGUUUGUGUAAAUCAAGUACAUAACAGUUGAUGGAAAUGAGAAACACUGGAUGCAAAUUGUUGUAAGCUUAGUAUUUGGAUAUUUUUAAUAUUUGGAGUUCGGAUGAUGUAUAGAAGAAGCUAAUCUCUCUUUAGAAUGCUGCUUCUUUUUGGAUAAUACCCACAAUAGGCUAUUUUAUAUACCA